CGUGGGAAAAACCACUAAACGCUUCCAAAAAGCGGACACUUCCACACCGUUCCAACACUCCUCAACAGAGUAAGAGAGAGAAAAAGUACUCCGUAUUACGGAAUAAACUUCGUGUUAACUUACGAUUAGCACUCCUAAUCUCAUCUUAAUUAUCAUCAUUAUCUAAAACAGAGACAUCCACCACAGUCCACACCAGUCCACCACCACUAUCAUCUGCUUACUCAAAGAACUCCCCAAUUACCAGUUCCAGAAAAACAAUGGCGGCCUUCAUAGCUAGAGCUUGCAUUCUCCCAACAAUGUCCAUGUCUAACCCUAACCUUAACCCUAAGAACAUCCGUUCUUCACACUCAGUCGACGCAUACUACAUUAAACGCGCCGUUGAAUUGGCCGACAAAUCCGCCGGAUUCUCAUCGCCACACCCUAAUUUCGGGUGUAUAAUCGAAGCGGGAAGAGUUGUCGGAGAAGGUUAUCUCUACGCUCAGGGAACUACUUCGGCGGAAGUUCAGGCGGUUCAAGCUGCCGGCGACUGGUGUCGUGGUGCUACUGCUUAUCUUAAUAUGGAGUGCGGUGAUUGUCAUGGUGAACAUACUGCUGUUUCUGCUCUUGUUCAGGCAAGGGUGAAGAGAGUGGUGGUCGGAAUGCGGCAUCCGUCGAAACAUAUGAGAGGAAAUGCGAUUCAAGCGCUUCGAAGUGAAGGAAUUCGAGUUGAUGUGCUUGGUGAGGAUUUGCAGAGCGAUGUUGUCCAGGAUGCUUUGAAAUCUUGCCUUCUCGUGAAUGCUCCUUUGGUCGUCAGGGCUGCUUCUCAAGUCCCAUACUCAGUUUUCAAAUAUGCUAUGACCCUUGAUGGGAAGAUAGCUACUAACAAGGGCCAUUCGGUAUGGAUAAGCAGCAACCAAUCAAGGUGUCGGGUUCUUGAACUGAGAGGCCGAAGUGACGCCAUUAUUGUUGGAGGAAAUACUGUACGGAAUGAUAACCCUCGACUAACUGCAAGGCAACAAGGUGGGCACUCUCCUGUGCGGAUCGUUGUGUCACAGUCUUUAGACCUUCCUGAGAUAGCACACCUUUGGGAUACCUCCGAAGUGCACACCAUUGUGGCUACACAAAAAGGUGCUAGAAGGAGCUUUCAAAAAUAUCUUGCUUCCAAAGGCGUUGAAGUGAUUGAAUUUGAGAUUUUAAAUCCUAGAGAUGUUAUGGAAUACUUUUAUGAGUGCGGUUAUCUUUCGGUUCUUUGGGAGUGUGGUGGAACAUUGGCUGCAUCAGCUAUUUCUUCUGGUGUCAUACAUAAAGUGUAUGCUUUUGUUGCUCCAAAAGUUAUUGGUGGAAAGGGGGCGCCAUCUCCUGUUGGUGAACUUGGCAUGGUCGAGAUGUCUCAAGCUUUGAAUUUACAUGAUGUCAGUUAUGAACAGGUUGGACCUGACAUGCUUGUUAGUGGAUUUCUUCAGCCCAUUCCUGAUUUGACACCUGUGAUUCCUUCUUUUUCUGAAUUGUCGAAAAUUGAUCCAUCAAUUAAUCCAUAUGAAUCGGGCAUCACAUCCUUUUACAAGACUUGGGAUCCUUAUGGUUCCUUCUCCAAUUUCUCACCUCAUCCUAUCCAGAUGCCGGAUGAGGGUGGCCACUAUACAACCUGGUCAAGUGUUGAACAUUAUUACCAGGCGCACAAGUUUUACGGCGUACAAGAUCCCGUGGCACAAGAAUAUUUCGAGGCUAUCAAAUCUGCAAAAAGUCCUGAAGAAGCAGCCAGGAUAGGAAGGAAAAUGCAGAGGCGAAGACCGGACCUGAUAAGAUCAGAUUGGGAGACUGCGAAAAUUGACACCAUGUACAGGGCACUGAAAUGUAAGUUCUCAAUCUACCCACACUUGAACUCCAUGCUACUUUCUACUGUUGGGUCUAUUCUUGUCGAAGGUUCACCACACGAUCUGUUUUGGGGCGGUGGGCGUGAUGGAGAAGGUCUAAAUUAUUUAGGGAGGUUGCUUAUGCAGUUGAGAUCAGAGUUUGUUGGCGAAUCCUCUUCGUAAGUUGAGAACCUUUGAUAAUUGAUAAAAAUCUGGAUUUUAUGCCAUAGCUUGUACUAUAGUUCCCCGACUCCUUAAUUACCACCAACCCGACAUACAAAAUACACACAAACGAACAAGGGUUGAGGGAUGCAAAGUAUUGUGUCGUUACCCACAGAUUCAUCAUUGAAUUUGUUAUAGUUUUUAUUAUGAACAUUAUGUAAAUUGGCAAGUAUUGCUCAUGCUUGAUCCGAAAUAAAAUAACACGGUUUGAUUUUUC